CUGGCACGGUGACCCCAGGCGCGGCUGGCCGAUGAUCUGACCAACAUGGCGGCCGGCGGGACCUCCAGGAAGGACAGGCUGCCCAACCCCUUGUCGGGGCUGUCCCUGGUGGAGGUGAGGAUGGUUCAAGAUCAGUGGGAGGAAGUCAGCAAGAACAGGACUGCCCUCGGCGUCGAAGUCUUCGUCACGCUGUUCUCCCAGCACCCAGACUACAAAAAGCUGUUCCCCAAACUGGCCAAGAAGACCCUGGAGCAGCUGCGAACCAGCAAAAAGGUGGUCGAGCACGGCACCAUGGUCAUGGAAGCCAUCUCCGACAUGGUGAAGCAGCUCCAGAAGCCUGACGCCGUCCUCAGGUUACUGCGCGACAAGGGACGCAUGCACGUCAAGUCCAACGUCACCGCGGAACACUUCCUGAACCUGAGGAGAGUGGUGAUGGAUGUUCUGGAGCAGCGUCUGAAGGAAAAGAUGGACGACAAAUCAACGGCGGCGUGGAGCAAGACCUUGGACUUCGUGUUCUCAGGGCUUAUCGUCGGAGUGGAAGAAGGAAUGAAAAAAUCGAAGUGACCUUCAGCGAUUGAAUCAGGGAAAAAAAAACAAUACACGAUCUAAACCUUGGAUACCGCAAUUUUGGGCUUACAACUCUUUAGUCAUCUGGAAAUAGACAAAGAUAUCAUACAUCAUAUUAAUGUUUCACAUUUUUACUUAUCUACUAUAAAUCUUUAUUUUAGAACACUUUAUUUGGGGCAUUUAUUCAUCGUGAAAAUUAAAUUAUGAUUCUCGCACUAUCGGUUUUCUUACUCGUGAUUGGCGGCAGUCUGCAAGCGAAGCCAUUGCCUUAUUUUGGCCCGGACCAAUCAGGACGCGUUUGCUUCCGAGCCAUACCGGCUGCGAUUGGUGUGUGAGAGGAACUCGACCAAUCACAGAACGCAGACAAUGCUACAGUGAUUGAGCACAGAGGUAGUCUCUAAAUCUAUUCGCAGAAUAUUAAUGUCUCUACUUGUUAUUUCUAAAAGCGAUUUCGAAGGUCAAGUGUAUCUUAGUAUUAUGAUUGUAUAAAAUAUACAAUAUAUAAUACACUUAUGUGUAAUACAAUAAAAUGAUUCACUUCACCCGCACAACGCUGGGCACUUCAACAAGUUUCAUUUUUUCUGGAUAAAAGAGAUACGGCAGAAUUUAGGUUUUUCCCCCCUAACAAUUGGGUUUGAAAAAAGAAUAUAAUGACAUCUCCGACAGUAGGAAUAAAUAAUAAAAACAAAAGAUUAUCUGAAUAUAAGUAGGCCUAUAUGCAGAAUACAGGACAGUAUUCUUAAGACAUGGCUUCUUGAUUGUACGAACGGUUGUGUGACAUUGACCAUGAGAGACAAAUAUUUUGUCAAUUAUGUACACCCGGAAAUUUCACGGAUUCGUUUGGUACUAGGUUAAAAUUCAUAAUCUACCCAUGUAUGCUUUCCCCACUGGCUGAUUUAUUACUGUAUAUAUAUAAACCUCCUCUUGUUAGUAGUGGGCCGAUGUUGUUUGGUAACUAUUGCUAGCGAGGGGGGUGUCCAAACAUUUGUGAACUGAUUAUCGAACCAAUGUAAAUUAAUACAUGUCUGCAGUAUACCUUGCGACCAAAGUGAUCCCCGAAAUUUUCCGGGUCUCUUGUCAUGGAGAUGAUGCAGCAAUUUUUAUAUUUAUUUCUUCUGAAAAAUAGUCUACAGUUUUUUUAAUGUAUAGGAAAUUACUAAUAAAACUAAAGCUACGUUAAAUGAUAAUUUUUCUCACUUCAAAUAUAAAUGACCUUAAGUUAUCUACAAUAAAUGCUAGUCAAUAGUAAAAACAAAAGACAAACAACUAGAAAACACGAAAUUUCGCGGAUUCGUUUGGCGUCAGGGUGGAAUUAAAAAUCCUAAGUAUGUUUAACCCAUGUUUUUUUUUCAUUCUCUGAAAGAAUCUUUAUGUUCUUGUUAGUUGGCACUACUUGUUUCGCUCGCUUCUCUCCCGGCUGGGCAUAGUUGGCUCGCGGUCGCAGAGGGGCGUGUCCGAAUAACUGCGGUCCAAUCAGGAACACAGGACAAGAGUAUGAAGAUUUGCAUUCUAACCUGCGACCAAACGAAUGCGCGAAAUUUCCGUAUCGAUAGAGACCGGAAAAAUUCGCGGGUUCAUUUCGUGAUAUGCUAAAAUUCAAAUAAUUAUACAGUUGUGCUGCUUCUGCUAUUGGUUCACUGUUAAUAUGUAGGACUCUUGGCCAAUUAGAGACCGUCAAUCAAAGAAGUAUCCAAUCACAAGUUACCCACUUGAGACGCCUCAAAAUUCAGCACCCAAUGAACAGGCGCCGUUUGCCCAAGUACCUAGUUAGAGUAUCAUGGAGUCUAUCCUGAAGGUCAUUGAACUCGCGAAAUUUUCCAGUCUCCACGUAUCGAUACACAUAACCGACAUGUGGGAUACAUGUUUGAAA